CGCCCCUUAGUAACUCCUGGCGGACCUGCACCCUUGACAGACCUCACAGAAAGCACAAUAUUGUACAUCAUUGAAGUUAUACAAACAAAUAAAUAAAUACAUUCAAACAACGACGCAUGCAACUCACACCUUUGUAGGUCUACGUCUUUUAUAUACGCUAAAACAAAUGCAGACAUUUCAUGUGCAUCGCGUUUUUUCGUGUUUGUUAUGAAACAAAGGUGAAAGGUGACGUUUCCUGGCAACAGUAAACUUGAACGCUACCCGACAGGUCAUGGCUUCGUGCGAAAAGGUAAUACAAGAUCAGCUGCAGAAGUACGGCUUCAAAAGAGAGGCGGACCUCAACGAGCUGUAUCUUGCUACCAAAGGUCUAACAGAUGUCUCUGAUCUCUCGAGAUUUCAGAUGUUGAAAUAUUUAUGGCUAAAUAACAAUAAGAUUAAAAAAAUACACUGCUUGAACUAUAACUAUCGGCUAACUGAACUGUACCUCCACAACAACGAUCUUACUAAUAUUACAGGUUCUUUGAGCCAUUUGAAAUCCCUGCAGGUUCUGAUGCUUCACAACAACCAGUUGACAAAGCUGGUUGACACUGUGUCAGAACUCAAGGGGAUGCAAUUUCUGAAGACACUAAGUUUAUUCUUGAAUCCUUUGGCACAAGAUUCAGGAUACCGCCUUUAUGUCAUUCAUUAUGUACCAUCUCUGCAUUUGCUUGACAGAAGAGAAGUAAAGCAAGAAGAGAGAAAUGCUGCUUUCAGCCUGUACAAUGCUGAGCGGGCCCGUGUCCUUAAAUCGAUAGCAUUUGGAUGUCGGGUAAAAUCACCACUGGUAGCAAAAGCCAGAGCUCCAGCAAUAAGGUCCCUCACUUACUGUGAUAAAUCUGGCUUGAGAAGAAACCAAAAAAAGGUUCCAUUACAGGACCGAGAUGCGGCUGUGCUGAACAGGGCCAUGCAAAGAUCAGUGAUGCAGUUCUCCUCCAUUGACUGGAACACAAUACCUUCAUCACAGCAGAAACGCCUGGAAGAUCAACCUUCUGACUCACCUAAAAUAAUUACUGUUAAAUUCAGAUGAUAUGUUCACAAACAUACUCCAAUCCUAUCCCGUACUGUAGGCAUGUCACCCAAAUGUUAUUGCUAACAAAAUAAAAAGGAAAUAAAAUAAAUAAAUAAAAACUUGAAAUGUGUCAUUUUAUUUUGAUGUAAAACAAUUUCUAGGGGGAACUGAGGAUAUACAUACUUUAACAUAGGUUGUUGGUUCAAAUCCAGCUAAAGUUGGUAACAAUGAUCCCCCUCAAACUCAUACAAAUCAGUUCUGGUGUUCUAAUUGGUUACUAUUCCACAGGUGUCCACAUAAUAUAUUGGAGAGAGAAAAACACAACUACAGUAAUCAUAUCUGACUGCAGUGGGACCUGAGUAAGGGUGGAUAUGUAAAAAGGCAGAUAAAUGAAUCCUGUUUUAAAUACCGUUCUACUCCGCUGUAACAAUUGCUAUAAUCACAUAAUUUAUUGUUUUGAGAUGCAGCUUUUAUUAGGCAGCUUUCCUAAAUCCCUUGUUUAAAAAGAUAGAGUAUUAAUGCUUGUGACAGAGUAGUCGUCUGCCGUGUCUGUAGGUGCAUUCGCUGUGGAGAUCGAGACGGAGGUCGAAGUUGACAUGCCGUGCAGGGGAACAGGAUUUAUUUGCUUAUCAACACACUGAAUAGCUCACGUGACACUACCAGCAAUGGCAGCGCACGGAGCACAUACAACAGUUUAUGAAAACUUUGGUAGGAUAU